AGCUCGAUCAAGCUCAGCCUAGCUCAGCACUGCUGUUUUUACUAGAGAACAUGUGCCAACCUAUUGGUGGCGUCGCAACAGCGUUCAGCGCUACUCUUGGUCCCCUCCAGAAACAAGUAGCUCAAAAGCCACUCCACUUCUACUGGAAACUCGUCUCUCCCAACUCCCAAGUACGACGAAAACGGGAAACUCAAGCACAAAAUGUAUGCUACCCUCCGCUUCCUCUAGAGACGCAAAACUCUUCGAACCAGUCAUCCACACCUCCCGCAGCUUCCUCCAGCACUAUCAUUCCUACAUCCGCAAGAACGCUGUAUUCGCCAUGUACACUAUCUACCGCGAAUACGAACACCUCAUCCCAGACGCCCCUGAGCUCCUGCAGA